AGAGAAGGGGUGUCACUAUUUCCGGAAUCCGGCCUGGACUUGAGAGCAAAGAAAACUACAAAUCCCAGCACAUCCCGCGGCUUUGGAGCCCCGCCCCUGGCGAACUACAACUCCCGGUAGGCAUCGCGGUAGCACUCCUGGCUUGCGGGAUGCGGUGGUGAAGGUAGUUACCAUGGAGUUGCGCUGAGUAAGCCUGAGGUAGUGGGACGCCGAAGCUGGAGGGAAAGCAACUGCGGGGGUAUUUCCAUUUUGACAGGGAACAAUCCCUGAACCCAAAGGAAUGAAUCCCUAAUGGUGGAGUUUCAGGCACUGGUGACAGGCUGAACCCGGACUCCCAGGGCCAAUGCUUACACCUGACAAAUGAUGGCCUGAGCUAUGAGCAAACCGGACUAUAUGAACACUUCGGUGCAAGAGCCCCCUCUUGACUACUCCUUCCGAAGCAUCCACGUGAUCCAAGACCUGACGAGCGAGGAGCCACGGACAGGGCUACGACCAAUAAGGCACUCAAAGUCAGGGAAGUCACUGACCCAGUCCCUGUGGCUGAACAACAAUGUCCUCAAUGACCUGAGAGACUUCAGCCAUGUGGUUUCAUUGCUUCUGGAGCAUCCAGAGAACCUGGCCUGGAUCGACCUGUCCUUCAACGACCUGACUUCCAUUGACCCUGUCCUGACAACCUUCUUCAACCUCAGUGUACUCUACCUCCAUGGCAACAGCAUCCAGCGCCUGGGAGAGGUGAACAAGCUGGCUGUCCUCCCACGGCUCCGGAGCCUCACACUCCAUGGGAACCCCAUAGAGGAAGAGAAGGGGUAUAGGCAAUAUGUGCUGUGCACCCUGCCCCGUAUCACCACAUUCGACUUCAGUGGGGUCACCAAGGCAGACCAUGCCUCAGCUGAAGUGUGGAAACGCAUGAACAUCAAGCCCAAGAAGGUCCGGAUCAAGCAGAAUGCACUCUGAGGUUCCCAGGGCCCCAGCAGUCCUAAAGGCCGAGGAUGGUCAGUUUGGUUUGACAAUAAACGAUUUGAGCAGUUGAGCAGAUGUGGUGAAGUCAUCUGUGCCCUGGAAAAAUGUCCUCCAACUCAGGCAACUGUCAGUAGCUCCAG